CAAUAGUAGCACAGGGUACGUGUCAUUUUUACGAUCACAACCAUCAGCCACCGCCAUCCACCACGGGCAACGUAUCCUCCUCUCGCAGUCGGAGCCGUAAAUCGGCUAUGGCUGCCUCCGCCGGUGGUAAAACCCUAACAUCUUCCUCUUCUGCUGCUCCAAAUUCUUUCGAUAUGUCGACUGGUUUUCCACCCAAGCCCUCUCUCAAACCCGAUCAACUCCGUUACUGCGGUCAAGCUCUCAAGUUUUUCAAGGCCAAACAGACUGAUCAGUAUUCAAUUAUUGAGAAAGAGUUCGCCAUUUUGCAGGACCAAAGGAUGAGAGCAUCAGAAGUUAAUAGUAGUUGCUCGGUGGCUAAACUACAUGUUAAUUGUAGAAAAAACCGCUACUCAGAUGUUGUACCAUUUGAUGCAAACAGGGUUAUUCUUGAUCCAUGCAAAGAUCACAGAUCAUCAGCAAUGGGAUACAUCAAUGCUAGUUUCAUCAAAGCAGAGGUUAAUCCAUCUGAAAGUGUUUCUCGGUUCAUAGCCACUCAAGGCCCCCUUCCUGAAACCUUUGAAGAUUUCUGGGAAAUGGUACUCCAGAGUCAUUGUCCAGCAAUUGUGAUGCUCACUCGGCUAGUUGACCACCACAGGAUCCAGAAGUGUGGAGACUAUUUUCAAGCAGAGGAUGGUCCAAGAUUGUUUGGCAAUAUAUGUACAGUCACGAGAAAAAUAGCUACGACGGACAGUUCACUAGUGCUGCGCCAUCUGGAGGUGAAUUACGAAGAGUCAGUGGAUCCUCCUCUGCCUGUUUUGCAUAUUCAAUAUCCUGAAUGGCCUGAUCAUGGAGUCCCAUAUGACACCUUGGCUGUUCGAGACAUUUUUAGAAGAUUAUGCCAUCUGCCAUCAUCAAAAGGACCUAUUGCGGUGCAUUGCAGUGCAGGCAUUGGUAGAACCGGAACAUAUUGUGCAAUUCAUAACACCAUCCAAAGAAUUUUAGUUGGUGACAUGUCUGCUUUGGAUCUUGUUAAAACCAUAAGCACUUUCAGGUCACAGCGAAUGGGGAUGGUCCAAACAUUGGAUCAAUACAUCUUUUGCUAUGAAGCUAUUAUUGAUGAACUCGAAGACCUUGUCUCGGGUUCCGACAUUCAAGGGAGCUUAAAAUGAUUGAUGACGAUUGGAUCUAAUCUCAGCUAAUGCUCUUGAUCUUGAAGAACCCAAAGUCUAUUGUUUUUUCAUGUUUCACCGAUUCGGAGUUAACUACAAAGUUCGACGGCGUUAUUGUUUAGGUGUUAAGGCAAUGUGCAUUCUUUGCUUUCCGGUGAAAUGACAUCUUUAACCCUCUUGCUCUAGGGUUAAUAGGUUGAUUUAGUUGUGGUUAAUGAUUGUUAUUUCAUUGUGAUUUGCAUAUUGUUUCUGCUUAUAAAACCCUAUUGGAAUAUUAGGAGAUUCUGCAUUACCAUGUCUUGUACAAUUUUGCUUUUUACUUGUCUUUUUUUGUGGU